CUCCGGACACAUUCGCGAAGAUUUCUCAACAGUACCGAAAAAAACGCAUUUUCUCUCCUCUCCCAUUUGCCAUCGCCCUGAGAUCGUUUGCCAGUCGGAAAGUUACCUUAAGUAACCCACCCUGCCGCCUAACCUAUUAAACUGUCCAGUCUUUGGACUGGAAACGAGCUGUCGCCAUCUCCGGGUUUAAGACAUUCGGUGUUGGCAAGGGCUGGUCAGAAAAUGUUUCAGUUCUUGUGGAGAGAACGGCUAGGUCUCUCUUACUGUUUGCUUAAGAGGUUGGGAGCAGACAGCAGUCCCUCAGAGAAAUCUCAGCGGGGCGGAAAUUGAGUGGGAAAAUGUUUAUGUCUAAUUGAGCGAGAGCCCUGAUACAUGAACAUCAUCCCGAAACGGAGAGCGAAAAAAUCAACUCCAAAUGACAUUUCAAUGAAAUUCAAACAGGCGACUCCGGUCCCAGAAAGCAACUAAAACACAAAGCGGAACCAAUGUGCUCGAAACAGACAAAUUUUAAUGAUCUGAAAGAGUUAACAGCCUUUAUCUUUUUAAUUUUUUGAAAAAAAAAGAUUUUCCUUUGGGAAUGAGGUUCAAAGAUCCUCCCAUUUUACGUCAGAAAGUUAGAGUUUGGAUUCGGGAACAGGGUUGAAAAUCGGCUGAAUCUGUGCCCUCGUAGUUACUUAGGGCUCGUAGCGAUAGACAGGAGUGUGUGUCCCAGGCCGGUGCAGUCUACCACACACACACACACACACACAAACACACAGAGGCAGGAGACAGACCUCUGCCCGGGACUGGCCGUGUGGAUGUGCGAGGUUUCCUUCAGUGAUGCUCCUCUCUCUCAGCCUGUCUCUCCUGCGGGUCUGCCCAGCUCUGGGAUAGCAGCGACCGGGAGCGUUAGGUGGCCCCACGGCUGUGCCAGGCUGCACCCACACCAGCAUACCACCGCGAAAGGACCAAGGGACAGGGGUGCCAUGUUACACUUCGCCUUGGACAUCAAGGAAGAGGGCAGACCCUCCUGCCCGGGUGUAUAGCAAAAGGACACGCGGCUUUGAAUACCGGGCACGGCUACAUCAAUAUUGGAGUGUCUCUCUCUCUCUCUGUCUCAAUCCCAGACACCGAUUCAAGUGCCAAGCUCUGCUUAUACACCGAGGAUCAGCAGUGCCACACUCUCUCCCAGACACCGGUACAACUGGUCUGCUCAGCAAAGUGGGUUCAGGAGUGCCACUCUCUCUCCGUCUGAGUCUCGGACAAGGUCAGACUGUCUACAAAGGACCAGGAGUGAGUUCCUCUCUCCAAGACACCAAGACUGAGUGGUCUACUUCACAGCCGGGGGAACAGAAGUGCCAAUCUCUCUCGCCCUGACACCACUAAAGUGCCUGCCACACUCUCUCCCAGACAUCACGGCAAACUCUACCCGUCUGCCCAGGACCAGGAGUGAGUUGCUCUCUCCCAGACACCAAGACUGAGUGUUUUGCUUAGUAACUGGAGGACACAAGUGCCCAUCUCUCUCUCACACACACUCUCUCCCAGAUCCCACUACAAAAGGCCAACCCCAACUCAGACUCAGGAGCGCCAGUGUCUGCGGUCUGCCCUCGCCCCCAGCCCAGCCCAGCCCAGCCCAGCGCAGGGUGCCUGGUGGGUAAGGCCAGGACUAUGCGGCCACAAUGUUGGCCAGGAAGAGCAUCAUCCCGGAGGAGUACGUGCUGGCCCGGAUCGCCGCCGAGAACGUGCGGCGUCAGCCCCGGUACACGGCGCGGCCCCGCCAGGCUCGCUUCAUCGCCAAGAACGGCUCGUGUAACGCGGCGCACAAGAACAUCCGAGAGCAGGGCCGCUUCCUGCAGGAUGUCUUCACCACCCUGGUGGACCUCAAGUGGCGCUACACCCUGUUCAUCUUCACCAUGUCGUUCCUGUGCAGCUGGCUCCUCUUCGCCAUGAUGUGGUGGCUGCUGGCGUUCGCUCACGGAGACCUGGACCCCCGGCGGCCGAGCACCGCCUCGGAGCCGUGUGUCACCAAAGUGCGCUCCUUCAGCUCCGCGUUCCUGUUCUCCAUCGAGGUGCAGGUCACCAUCGGCUUCGGCGGCCGCAUGAUCACCGAGGAGUGUGCGAGCGCCAUCGCCGGCCUCAUCGUGCAGAACAUCUCGGGGCUGAUCAUCAACGCGGUCAUGUUGGGCUGUAUCUUCAUGAAGACGGCGCAGGCUCACCGCCGGGCGGAGACCCUCAUCUUCAGCCGGCACGCCGUCAUCUGCCUGAGGAACGGCCGCCUGUGCUUCAUGUUCAGGGUGGGCGACCUCCGGAAGAGCAUGAUCAUCAGCGCCUCGGUCAGGAUGCAAGUGGUCCGCAGGAGCAGCACCGCCGAGGGCGAGCUCCUGCCGCUGCACCAGAUCGACAUCCCGGUGGACAACCCCCUGGGCAGCGGCAGCAUCUUCCUGGUGGCUCCGCUCACCAUCAGCCACGUGGUGGACCGCCGCAGCCCGCUCUACGAGAUCUCGGCGAGUGACCUGCAGAGCCAGAACCUGGAGGUCAUCGUCAUCCUCGAGGGGGUGGUGGAGACCACCGGCAUCACCACCCAGGCCCGCACCUCCUACAUCUCCGAGGAGAUCCUCUGGGGUUACCGCUUCGUGCCGGUGGUCACCGAGGAGGACGGCACCUACUCGGUGGACUACUCCAAGUUCGGCAACCGCGUCAAGGUGGCGACCCCGCGCUGCUCCGCCCGGGAGCUCGACGACAAGCCCUCCAUCCUGAUCCAGACCCUGCAGAGGAGCGAGCUCUCGCACCAGAACUCGCUGAGGAAGCGCAGCUCCAUGAGGAGGAACAACUCCAUGAGGAGGAGCACCUCCUCUCUGGUCAUCCCCAAGGUCCAGUUCUUCACCCCCACCGACUCCGGGCCCGAAGCGAGCGAGAACUGAGCUCACGGUUUGGUGGCUCUCAUUGCCCUGAGCAUCACCUUUCCCCCUCCCCCCUCAAAGAGGGACUGUCCACAUACUGAACGUGCAGACCGUUUUCGUGCCUUUACUUCACACGGUGCAAUUUAAACCCUCGCCACUCUUUAAGCAACAGGCCUGAUCUGGGACAAAAACAGAAAAGUGCCGGAGAAACUCAGUAGGUCUGUACAGAGAGAGAGAGAGAGCAAAAGAGUUAACAUCUCAAGUCCACUAUUCUUUCUCCAGGAACCAUUCUCAAGAAGAGUCAUGCUGGACCCCAGAUGUUAACUCUCCCUCUUUCCACACGAUGAUGCCAGGCAUGCCAGUUUCUCCAGCAUUUUCGGCUAUAGUUCACAUUUCCAGCAUCCAUAUUAUUUUACACUCACCUUAUAUCUAUAUGCUUGUGAGUCUCCAAGUUGGCAUUGACCCAUUAGUUAAGUGGCCUAGUUUAAAAAUGUAAAAUGUGAUACUCAUGGUAUAUUAACAAAUGUAUGCAGCAUACCAAGGUAGCGAUGACUUAGUCACUGUCUUAGUGCCAUAGCAUGCAAGUGCUGGGAAAUGGGAUUAGAGUAGAUAGGCACUAAACAAGAAAACCAAAGAACUGCGGAUGCUGGAAACUAGAAACACCAACGUUAAUAUUGCUUUCUCUUCACAAAUGCUGCCAGAUCUGCUGAGUUUUUCCAGCAAUUUCUGUUCGUGUUAGAGGAGAUAGGUAUUUGAUAGCUGGUGCGGACACGAUGGACUGAACGGUCACUUUCAGUGCUGUAAAAUUCUAUGAAUUCUAUUGGCGAGAAUAAAAUUGUACAUAUAGAAUUUGCAGAAUUGUUUGUAGCAUAACAUUGCAAUUAGACUAGUUCACUUGAUUUCUUGUAACAGCUAUAUCUCCAAUAACAUAGGCACCUACUGUAAUCGAGUUUGGAAGUUCAUGCAAAGUUGUGUUUGAAAAUGUUCAUUGUCCUUUUAAUUAAUAUGUGUCAUGUUUUUGUGUCAGAGGCUGGGUGGGCAGUGAUAUUUACAUUGAAUUUAAUAUUAUUCAUUCCUUGAAAGUGAAUUUCUAUAGCAUUGGAUUUUAUUAUGUGGUCUCCCUGAAGUUACAAUCAGAAUGUUGGUUGCAGUUUGAGUUCUAACUCUGCCCCACACUGGAACCACAAUGGAACUAUAUUUUGUUACUCAAGUGAGCAUUCCAGGAUGUGAGGUGAUUUAUUCACUGAGUUCCUCUUUCAAAAGCUACCAAGUUUAAAUGUUAAAGUGCAGACUUUGUUAUCUAUGCACAUUAAAUCAUUUCAGCUCAGCUUUAAUGUGACAAAGAAUUCAAGUAUGAAUUUGUACUGCAUUUCUCCUGUGAACCAGAAAUGAUGAUAUGUUAAGGUCACUCCCUAUCAGAGAAGUUCUAGUCCAUGAUCCUAAUAUUUUAACUGCUGAUUGUUGGAAAUCUAGUGGUUGUCUAGAAGAAGCUUCUUUCUAUAGAAGAUGACAAUUAAUGUUACAUAUGGGUCAUGCAAUCUGCUGGACUGUUUCAGACAACCUGUGGAUGGGAGAGGAGGGUUUGCGUUGUCUAGAAACUCUGCCAUAAUUUUUUCCCUUUACUAAUUCUACAGUCUCCAUGCAAUUACAUGGCUAUGUGUGUGUUUGGGGAGAUGAUGUUUUUGUUUAUAUGUAUCUCUCUGUAUGUGUAUAUCUGUGAGUGUGUGUGUGUGGUUGGGAUUCAGUUUGAAUUUGUACAUGUGAUAGGUGUGUGUGUGUGGAGUGUGUGGAUCGUGUUUGUAUGGGUAU